UUUUAGUUUCAUUUUCAAUCGGUGUCGUGUUGUUCCGGAAUAUAAUUUGGUAGCUAUCCAGUUUCAACGAUGGCCCUUCUGGACGUUUGCUUGACACCUGAGCUGAAAAAAUCAGCAAUUUAUCCAAAGGCUUGGCGAUCUGAGCAGACCACCUGCGGUCCGAGUCAUUACCUGUUUGGACUGAACGCCAAUGAACUGGCUGUUCCGACUGGAUUGGACCCGGAACAAUUUCUCGGGCCACUCACAGCGGGUGAGACAGACAUAAAAAUUGAAUUCCUUCAUGGCACCACCACCUUAGCAUUCAAAUUUCAGCAUGGAGUGAUGGUUGCUGUGGACUCUAGAGCAUCUGCUGGAUCUUACAUAGACACUAAAACAUUCAACAAGGUCAUUGAGAUCAACCCAUAUCUCCUGGGGACAAUGUCUGGCAAUGCAGCAGACUGUUGUUAUUGGGAGAGAAGACUGGCCAAAGAGUGCCGGAUUUACAAGCUCAGAAACAAGACUCGGAUCAGCGUGGCUGCUGCCUCCAAGCUUCUAGCCAACAUGAUGGCUGAGUAUCGUGGCAUGGGCCUCUCCAUGGGUACCAUGGUCUGUGGCUGGGAUCAAAGAGGCCCUGGUCUGUUUUAUGUCAGCAGCAGUGGCACAAGGUUACCAGGAGACAUGUUCUCCACAGGCUCAGGGAGUAGCUAUGCAUAUGGUGUGAUGGACUCUGGUCAUCGAUGGGACCUGAGUGUACCCGAGGCUUACGACUUGGCAGAAAGAGCCAUUUAUCAUGCCACUCACCGUGAUGCCUAUUCCGGAGGGGUUGUCAACAUGUACCAUAUGCAAAGAGAUGGCUGGAUCAAGGUUUCCCAGAAUGAUGUUGGGGAUCUUCAUUAUAAAUAUGCUUCUGAGCGGAAGUAAUAGGCAUAUUGGCCAGCGAUGUCAUUGAAUGUUUUUAGCUCAAGCAACAUUUUUAAACUUGAGAUUCCAGUAGUGCAGAUGUGUAUUUAUCAGUAACACAAUGCAUUACAAUGCCAUACUGUAUGUGCAUGUGAUAUGGAAUAAAUCAUUGCUAAAACAAUUG